AUGGCCUCCACGGACAUGCGCGCGGUUCAGGCAAACCUGAACAGCCAGAAGAUGCCGGAGGGUGGAAAGGGACCGGAGGGGGGCGACUCGAGCAAGAAGGCCUCAUUCACCUACAACGCGGAGCGCGUGCUGGGCAGCGGGUCCUUCGGGAUCGUGUACCAGGCUCAGGUAGUCGAGACCGGGGAGUCCGUGGCCAUCAAGAAGGUGUUCCAGGACAAGCGGUACAAGAACCGCGAGCUGCAGAUCAUGAAGGAGCUGCGUCACCCCAAUGUGGUGGAGCUGAAGCAUGCCUUCUACACAUCCGGGGAUAAGCCUGGCGAGACCUACCUCAACGUGGUGAUGGAGUACUGCAGCGACACCGUGUACCGCGUCAUGAAACACUACAACAAGAUGAAGCAGCCGGUGCCGCACAUCUUUGUACAACUGUACUCCUACCAGAUGAGCCGUGCUUGUGCGUAUAUCCAUGCUGUGGGGAUUUGCCACCGCGACAUCAAGCCACAGAACCUUCUCGUGGACGGUCACACGCACGCGUUGAAGCUGUGCGACUUUGGCUCGGCCAAGCGGCUUGUGAAAGGGGAGCCCAACGUCGCGUACAUCUGCUCUCGGUACUACCGAGCACCAGAGCUGAUCUUCGGAGCUACGGACUACACGACAGUCAUCGAUAUCUGGUCGACCGCGUGCGUGACCGCCGAGCUCAUACUGGGGCAGCCCAUCUUCCCUGGGGAGAGCGGCGUGGACCAGCUCGUGGAGAUCAUCAAAGUGCUGGGUACGCCAACGCGUGAGGAGCUCACGGCGAUGAAUCCCAACUACACGGAGUUCAAGUUCCCUCAGAUCAAGCCCCAUCCCUGGCACAAGGUUUUCCGGACAAAGACGUCUCCCGAGGCCAUUGACUACGUCGCGAAGCUCCUGGUCUAUGAUCCCAAGACGCGCCCCUCGGGCCUCGAGUGCUGCAUGCACAGCCUGUUCGACCUGCUCCGCGAGCCCAGCACCCGCAUCAGCAGCACCAAGCCGCUGCCCCCCGGCCUGCUCACGUUCUCCCGGGAGGAGAUGUCGAUCAUGGACGCCGACCAGAAGGCGAGGCUCAUUCCCGAGGGGGCCACGGUGUCGUGGGGCCAGCUCGCCAAGUUGCUGCUGGACGAGAACAUUAUUGGCAACAUCGUGGGGAACUUCAACAUCUUCAAGGUGCUGAGCCACAUGGAGUUGGACAAGAUCAACCCACGUGGCGCCAACAGGAGCAACGCCGGCGGCGACCAGCGGCAGAACGCGGGGCCCAAGGCCCUGUGGCCGCAGGCGGAGGCCCUGCGCGAGGAGUUCGGCAGGUACCGCAAUGCCGUGAGCCUCGAGGAGUUCGUCGUCAUCAUGAAGUCCCAGGUCAAGAGCAUUUUUGAGCUCACCGCCCUCUUUGAGCUCGUGGAGGAAGAGAGGCAGCUGGUGGCUCAGCUUGUGGGCUUGUUCGAGACGAUCGACUUCGGCGGCAACAACUCCAUGUCGUGGGAGGACUUCACCAACUUCCUGGUCGACCAGGGCAUGAUCGAGGAGCGAGUCAAGGUGAACGCGAUCCGCUUCAACAGCAAGCCCGUCCGCUGCGACACGCUGCACACGCCGCACUGCGAGAAGGCCUUCUACUUGAAGAACUGGGACCGGAUAGCCUACGUGGAGCAGGGGUGCAAGUCGCUCAAGCUGUGCACCCCGGACAUGGCCCCCGUCCAGGAGGUGAGCGGACUGCCGCAGGUGCCGAUCUGCGCGGAGUUCUGCGCGGACUACCAGAGCAAGAGGGAGGCGUGGGCCACAUCGGAUCCAGUUUGA